UCAGUUGAAUUCUUACUGCCGAAGCUUCACUGUCAGUAGACAUUUACCCACAAUGGCCAAAUACAUCACACACCUUGAACUGUCCCUUGAUGCAGCUGAAGAGCCAACGUUCCGAUCAAAAGGCUUCCAGAAAAACAAUGUCGAUCUGAACAAUGGGGCAGGAGGAAAGUCCAUCCAUCUCUGGUACAAAAAAGAAAGUGGCGCAGAGCCAAUCACCAGGAUUCAAUGCGCAUUCAACAGGAAGAUGGAAGAUGGAUUGAUCGAUGCGGGGUACCAAAAGGUCGUCAACUGGUUCAUCCUUUGGUACUUCCAAGGGCAAACAGAGUACGACAUUCCCAUAGUGGACAUUGAUGUCACUACAGAUGAUGACAGUGCGGCCAGGAAGUUUACCCUUGGCUGGGAGAGACUGUCCUUAGACCUGGGAUUAUUUGGAACCAGGUUCCACUUCUGGCUGAAGAGAGAGAAACCAACAUACAUCUGUGAUGUCUCUGCCACUGAAACCAACACAUCAGACGGAAGGUACUUCAAGGAAGGUUUCAUCCGCAUCGAUGACGACAUCAACAAGUCUGCAGGAGGAUCAGAUGUCUUCACCUGGUACCGUCAGACCACCGACCCCCAGCGCGCCCUCAGUGAUCUGAACGUCUCCACCAAUGAUCUUGAGUAUCAGGUCCUUCAGCGGCAGAAUUACCACCGAGUGAGUGUGAACCUCAACGAGGGGACCGGCGGUAACCAGGUGUACCUGUGGUACAAGAAACAGGCAGGCAAUGAUCGCAUUAAGGGCCUUCUUCUCAUACCAGAUGUUGUUGAAGGUUAUCGUAAGGCUGGUGUCAAUGUUAUUGAAAGAAAUCUCAACGCAGGCAACAAAGGCCCCACUGAGUACCUGUGUGUUUAUCAGUGAAAGCCUGAGAAAGCCUUCUUCAUGUUAACAGAGCUGAGAAUCAUCAACACUAGUGGAAAGCUCAGUCCAACAAUGCUGUUAAAUCAUUUUGGUGAUUGUUUCUUCUAACUGUUUUUUUGCUUUUUUCAACCUUGCUGUCAAUUAAAUCAAUCAAAGUAUUUCAAAUGUCAAUUUUUAAACAAUGAUGAUAAAUGAAUUGUGGAGUUUGCUGCUUUUCAAUAAAGACACAUUUACAUCUUAA